AAUCUGGUACAAUUAAUCUUAGCAAUAUUAUGCACGUUUCAAUGCUCAAUAACAGUGUAAAUGGUGGUGAAAAUUCAACUGAUGAGAUUAAUAAUGAGGAGGAUAAUAUUAAUACAACAAAUAAUGAAGUAAUAAGUGUGGGCACUUUGGAUGCUACUAACAUACUUGAUUGUCAUCCAGCCGAUCAUCAAAAUUCAAAAAUUGAACUACAAUAUCUUUUUUCUCGUAUCUUAACUCAACCAUCGUUUGUCAACGCUCUUGAACAAGAU